GUUUUGUCCCUUGGUAUGAAAUUGUCAUUAAAUAACACAUAACCAUGGCAUAAUGGUGUCAAGCAAGAUACCACGUACCAGUUGUCCCACGUCGUUUAAUGCAAUUUCUCGGUGCUUUAUAAUAACUGGAACACCGAGGUGAUGUGCUAGAUUCAGUUUUAACAUCUAAAGACGAAAAUGCCUUAAAAGAGGAUGGGAUCUGGUACUUCUAAAUCUUCAAAUUCACCACAUCCAGACGAAACUAUCCAAGACGAAAUUGAAAACUCCCCAACAGUGCAGGAAGAUUCUUAUGAUGAAUUUCAAAACAAUAAUUACGAUAAAUUUACUUUUGGGACCGAAAAUUCAACCGAAUUUUUUCGAGGAUUAACGAACUCGGAUUUUUACAAUGUUGCGCCGCCAAAUACGAUCUUCAACGAUGAGGAUGUGCCGGACGAACAGCCCAAGAUAAGGAUAGAUCUUUUGCCAGUAGAGGAAGAAGAUUCAACCGGCGAGGAAGAGGGUUUGGAAAAUGCCAAUGUGGAAGAAAAAGACAAGGAAGAGAUUGUGGAAGAACAAGAAUCGGUAGUCGUGGAGGAACCAAUAAAUGAUGACAUAAACAAUGAAGUGGUUGAAGACGAUCAAGAAAGGAAUGUUCCACAAGAGAGCAGUGGAGCAAGCACAGAGAAUGAACCAAUAGAGACACGCGUAGAGGACGAAACGAUAAAUGAAAGAAACGGCACAGGCGCAGAGAAUCAACAACUACUACAAACAAAACAAUCACAAGUGGAGGAGGAAGAACAACCGCCCGAGGAUGAAGAAGAAGAAGAUGAGCCGCCACAAGAAACUGCGAGGAAAAAUACACCAAGAACUGUUCGAGACAUUGUGUUUGAUGAAUCGGCCCCCAUCGAUGACAUUCCACCAAAACAACCGCAGGUUGACGCGGUACCAUACGUAGAGGAACACGACGAAGAUGACGAGAAAUUUGACUUGACCCUGUCUGAAGAUCUCUCUGCUUACUUCAAAGCACCUUACGAUCCUCUUGUCUUUGAUUUCAGUCUUGCUGAUGCAAAUUUAAAACCGAUUAGAGAGUUUGUGAAAAAGUGGGGCUUUUUCAAAACGGUACCCACUCCUGAUAUUCUGCAUAGAGCGCAGAUGGGCGUACGACAUUUCAAUGUACCGGCCCCGAGGACCGAGCGAGGAUACCCUCUCCCAUUCCCAAUUUUCAUGCCAAAACCUCCUGAUAUGAAAUCUUUUCAGUCAAUUGAAGAAACUUUGAAUCUUAAGAAAGCAAAGAGCUUCAACGAUUUCAUCAAGUUCAUCAGGCACAUGAAAAGUGUGGUUGACGAUGAUGAACUGAGAGUUCGAAUUACCAUGAAGUGGAUGUCACAACAUUCUCACAAGAUUCCACCAUUAGACCAAGGCGAUAAAUCUGAGUUUGCUGGUUAUGCACAAGUUCAUCUUUUCUACAAAUUUUGCGGAAUGUUGAAUAUUGAGUGCGCGGUCAUUGAGGGCAGAAGGAGGAUAUAUAGCAGGGACCCAAGUCCAAAUCCGGGAAAACGAGCAGUCAAAGCAGUCUGGUGUGCAGUUAUGAUACAAGGGAAAUGGCGAUUUGUGGACCCUAGUUUGCCAGGGUUAAAAGACAUGAAAAAAAUGAACGACGAGAAAACGGAACCGGAAUCGGAAACGGCAUGGAUGAAGGCCAUGAGAGGCAAGAUUGGCGAAUUCUACAGUCUUCCGGACCCCUCCCGCUUCGUCUAUACCCAUCUUCCGGACAUUGAGUACUGGCAGCUGCUCUGUAGACCCGUCCAGGAAUCUGAGUGGUACGAUAUGGCCUGUGUGUCGCCCUUUUUCUUCCACCACGGAUUUGACUUGCAGUCUAAAGUUGCGUACAACGUGAAAUGUAACGGUAGUCACUUGAUAAUUACCUUUACGUACCCGGCCGAUGCAAUGUAUGUUUUUACGACAUCCAUUGUUAAUCAAAAUCCUCCCAAGAAAAAGAAAGAAAUCAAGAAUUACCGUCAUCCUUAUGUGAGCAUUGAAUCCGAUUUUGAAGGGAAAACUGUUUCAAUCGAGGUUUUCGCAAUGCAGAAGGGUACAUACUUUCUUCAUGUAUUCUUCAGGGAUUUGAGUUGCGAAUGCCGUGACUACCUUUACUUGUGUACAUAUUGUCUUGAAUUCACCAAACCAAACGUGGACAUAUUUGGUGUGUUUCUUGUGCAUAAUCGUCAGCAAUGGGGGCCUGCAGAUGACACUCUAGAUGCAGGGGUUAUUCCACUUACGCAUGUUACCAACGAAAUUGAGUGCUUCAAGGAUAUUUUGGAUAUAGAGUUCGAUUUGCAGAAUGACUUAACUUUUCAUUGUUCUUUUACCGACAAAGAAGGGACUGAUCUCUCUCGCCAUGUCAUGUACUGGGUGUUUGGGAAAAAGUUGCAUAUUAAGGUUACCUGUCCUGGUUUUCAGAAAUGUGCUCUGGAAAUAAGCAUCAAAGACGAAAACGAUGGUUCCUUGAAAACAAUUUGUAACUAUCGAGUUUAUUUUAGCUCUAGCUGCAACUUAAAACCAAUCAUGGGAUUUCCUGCAAGCAUGACCAAACUAGGUCUUACCGAAGAUGGCGAGCAGCUCAAGUUACACCCUCUCUUUCCAAACCCGUAUUCAAUUACAAUGUCGGAAGAAACUACAUUGGAGUUUAGGACUGAGUAUUUCAAAUCGGUAAUAUAUCCAUCAUUAAAGUUCAUUUCAGAUAAACUGUACAACACAGAUUCGUUCAUGACGUGGUUCUUUGACGAAGAGGAAGAAAAAUUGUCCUUGUGCAUCAACCCUGUGAGACAUGGACUGUAUCUUUUGACAGUUCAGAACAAGCUUAGCGUAAAUGUGGUUGAGAGUACUCCACUAUAUUUCGGUUUCAUUAAUGUGGAUAUUCCCUCAAACCAAUGGUCCCCGUACCCUGAUCGUUCCAUAGAUGCUCAGAAGCUGGUUAAAAUACAGGAACCAAGAACGGGAUAUUUGCGUGCAAAGCAAGAAUAUCUUUUUUCAUACAAGAUUUAUGACGAAGUGCAUGAUGUUGCCAUUUUGACCAGCAAAGGUUGGUCCCACCUUAUACACGAGCCUCCACACGAAUGGUCUGGCAAAGUCACAACGGGACCAAAGGACACCGACGUCGUUUUGAAUGCGAGAUUUGAAGUCGGCUCCGAAAAAUUCACAAAGCUGUUGACUUAUAAGGCCAUAGCCUCCGAUGAAUACGAAGGCCGAAACAGACGCCAAGAUCAAGUGAGAACUCAGAGAAUGCUUGCAUUUGCUCAAGAUGAAAAGCCCAAGCCAGCCAACAAACUUUCUGAAAUGGCUGAGAAACAUAGGAAAGAAAUGAAAGCAAAGGCUAAACAGUCCCUUAAGCCUAGACGCGUCGAGCAAGAAGAAUCGAACUCUGAUACAGAGGAAAAUACAGAAAAGAACCAAAAUAGUGCUAAGAACAAACAAGAGUUAAACACCGGUGCACGUGCCAAGAGAAAGGGUGGAUGGGGUACAGUGAAAAAGGAACUGAUAUCUAAAGGAAAAGAUGAGAAAACUUCAGAAGAGUCAGAUACCGCCCAAGACAAGAAAGUUGGAUGGAAUUUUGUCAAAAAAGAAAUAAUGUCCAAAAUUAAAGAUGAGCGCAGUGAAGAAGAGUUAGAUAUCGCACACGCCAAGAAAACCGGUGGAUGGGCGGCUAUUAAGAGAGAUAUGAUAGCCAAAAAAGAUGAAAAAAGAAAACCCUAUAGAGGCUGGUAUGCAAAUAGAGCCAGAAAACCGUCUGACGAAGAUACAAAAUCUGUGAAUAGUAGUUCAAAUUCUGUAGAUCAUGGUAAACAGACUCGACCAAGUAGUGAAAAGGUUGACAAAUCCAUCCCUGACAACAAAGAGUCCAAAGAAAGAAAAGAAGCAAAAGAAUCGACGGGUAGCGAAACGAGAGGGAAGGACAGUACUAGUAGAAAUUCAAAACGAGAAACGCCUAGAGAAUUCACACCGCGUGGACCGAAUAAUGAGUCCACCAAAGACGAAACGGAUAAGGUAAGUGAAAAUUCAGCUUCUGACAGCUCCAACCUUAAAGACAAAAUUUCUAAUGAAGGUUCUGAUUCCGCAAUAGACGAUGAGAAAGAAUCGAACAACGAAGCAGACGAAGCCAAUGACUCGCUGAAUACACGCACCCCUGUGACGGAUGAUUCCGACUUUGACAGCAGUGAAGAAGAGACAGUUAUAGAGAUCCCUGAGCCAGAAACCUUAAGUCCAUCGACAUACAGUAGACUAAGAGCGAAAAGAAAUACAUUUGUUAUAAAACGUUCGGGUAAAGUGGCUUUCUCUACUCCUGCCGGGAUGUUAGCAACUCCGAGAGCCAGACGCACCUGAUCACUGACCAGCACUUGCGUUUGUUAUUUGUAAGAAACUUUCAAGAAAUGCCAUAUAGCGAAAUAUUGAUACGAAAAUACCGGUGUUUUCAUGUUUAUGGUUGAACAAACAGACUGAACACCUAAUUUAAAAAAAAAUAACAUUUUAUUAAAAUACAUCAACACAUUUUAUGAAUACAUAUGAAUUAGCUACUUAACCGUGAUUCUUACUCCUUCCAGUCAUAGAUGUAUACAAUGUACGUUCUGGCAGUACCAAUCAGAAUUGUCCAUUAUUUAUGUAAAGAAACAUUCCAUAUUGGUAUUGAAAUUUAAAUUAAACACAAUGUCAGUCCAAGUUUUCAUAAGCAACAGUUGAUUUGAUAUUAUACAACUCUUUUU